AGGCUGAUCCUUUCCUGCAGAACUGAGGGUGCAGUACUCUUGAAAGGAAGACAACUAAACUCAGACACAAUGUAGUAAAAUUCUUCGUGUCCAGGAUCUAGUCAAAACUAAUAGAUGAUCCACUUGGCAUGAGAAUGUGACCUGUAACAAAGAAGGGAAGAGUCAUGGUAACAGAUCCAGGCGUGAUGGAAGUGGCGAGCAAGGACAUUAAAGGUGUUACUAAGAUGCUCUGUUUGCUCAAAGUAGAGAGAAAACGUUAAGACAGAAAUGGAAGAUAUAAAAAGGAAGGAAAUUGAACAGAAUAUCUCUGGAACAAGUGUCCCAUGCAGAAGAAUUCCACAUUAUUUCUGUUGACUCCCUUCAAAGAGGUGACACGUAAUUCCCACCCUUCAGUGUUGGCUGCACACAGACUUCCUUCUGAGGAGUACAGGAGGGGGUGGGGGGAGAGACUGUACAGUGGAGACGCCUGACAGACAGGCCUCCACCAGCAGUGAUGAGUCACGUUGACGGGUGUGCCCUGCCGUGCUGUGAUGGGCAGUGCAAGCCACCUCUGUGGUCUUCCUCUCCAAAAACUUACAUAACCCCAACUCCUCAUGAGGGGAAAACAUCAGAUGAAUCCAAGUUGAGCAACAUUCUACACAGAAGCAGCCCCGUCCUCAGAGCUGUCAGGGGCGUCAGGAACCAGGAAAGUCUGAGACUGUCGAGAAUGACGUAAGGAGACGUGCAUGGAAUGGAAUGUCUCAGAUGAUUGUCCUGGAAUAGAAAGACCUAUCAGAGUGGGAACAGCUUCCACGUGCUGGACCAGGGCCAGUUCGCCAAGGAGGUGCUGCCCAAGUACUUCAAGCACAGCAACAUGGCCAGCUUCGUGCGGCAGCUCAACAUGUCGGGGCGGUGGCCGUGCCGGAGUGAGGGCUGGGUCCCCAGCCCUGAGGCAGCACUGCCCCACCCUGUCGCACGCAGAUGGCUUCCGGAAGGUGGUCCACAUCGAGCAGGGCGGCCUGGUCAAGCCAGAGAGGGAUGACACCGAGUUCCAGCACCCGUGCUUCCUGCGCGGCCAGGAGCAGCUCCUGGAGAACAUCAAGAGGAAAGUGACCAGCGCCAUCUCAGUGACUGCUCCCCUGGGGACCCAGGUGUCCACCCUGAGGAGCGAGGACAUAAAGAUUCACCAGGACAGUGUCACCAAGCUGCUGACCGACGUGCAGCUGAUGAAGGGGAAGCAGGAGAGCAUGGACUCCAAGCUGCUGGCCAUGAAGCAUGAGAACGAGGCCCUGUGGCGGGAGGUGGCCAGCCUGCGGCAGAAGCACGCCCAACAGCAGAAAGUCGUCAACAAGCUCAUCCAGUUCCUCAUCUCGCUGGUGCAGUCGAACCGGAUCCUGGGGGUGAAGAGAAAGAUCCCGCUGAUGCUGAACGACAGCAGCUCCGCGCAUUCCAUGCCCAAGUACGGCCGGCAGUUCUCUCUGGAGCGCAUCCAUGGCCCGGGGCCCUACUCGGCUCCGUCCCCGGCCUAUAGCGGCUCCAGCCUCUACCCCCCAGACGCUGUUGCCAGCUCCGGACCCAUCAUCUCCGACAUCACCGAGCUGGCCCCCGGCAGCCCCUUGGCCUCCGCAGGCGGGAGCGUAGCUGAGAGGCCCCUGUCCAGCAGCCCCCUGGUUCGAGUCAAGGAGGAGCCCCCCAGCCCACCUCGGAGCCCCCGGGCAGAGGAUGCCAGUCCCAGCCAGCCGUCCUCCGUGGUGGAGACGCCCCUGUCCCCGACCGCCCUCAUUGAUUCCAUCCUGCGGGAGAGCGAGCCUGCGCCGGCCGCCUCGGCCCCGGCCCUCGCCGAUGCCGGGGGCCGCCCCCCCUCGCCCCGGCCUGCCUCGGCCCCCGAGAAGUGCCUCAGCGUAGCCUGCCUGGACAAUGUGGCUCGCGCUCCACAGAUGUCUGGGGUCGCCCGCCUCUUCCCCUGCCCCUCCUCCUCUCUACAUGGCCGAGUCCAGCCAGGGACCGAGCUCAGCGACCACCUGGAUGCCAUGGACUCCAACCUGGACAACCUGCAGACCAUGCUGACAAGCCACGGCUUCAGCGUGGACACCAGCACCCUGCUGGACUUGUUCAGCCCUUCGGUGACAGUGCCUGACAUGAGCCUGCCCGACCUUGACAGCAGCCUGGCCAGCAUCCAGGAGCUCCUCUCUCCCCAGGAGCCCCCCAGGCCUCUUGAAGCAGAGAGCAGCAGCCCUGACUCAGGGAAGCAGCUGGUGCACUACACGGCCCAGCCCCUGCUGCUGCUGGACCCUGGCUCCGUGGACGUGGGGGGUGGCGACCUGCCGGUGCUCUUCGAGCUGGGAGACGGCUCCUACUUCUCCGAGGGGGAUGACUACACAGACGACCCCACCAUCUCCCUGCUGACGGGCUCGGAGCCCCCCAAAGCCAAGGACCCCACUGUCUCCUAGAGGUCCCAGGAGGAGGGCCGGCCUGCGCCCCACACACCCCCACCCCACCCCCACCCCCCAGUGCAGGGCUGGUCUCAGUAGUACCGGGCCGGCUGGGCGGGCAUGGCCCCCAGUCAGCACCGAGGGCCCAGCCCCAUGAGCAGUUGCCUGCUGGGGCCUUCACGGCCACACUCGGACUGACCGGUACGCGGGUGCUCAUAGAAUUGUAUUUUGGAUUUUUACACGAGAGUCCCCCCUUUCCCCUUCUGUAGAGAUAUACAGGCAUAUACGUGGACGGACGGACAGACGAGACAGAGAUCUAUAAACGACGGGCUGUGUG